AUGCACAUGUUCACUACACACUACAAGACAUCUAAUAGUACCUCAUCUCAACCUGAGGCGGCGGGCAGUAGAGCCCCUAAACACCCUAAUUUCCGACAAGUCCAUUGCACUCCAGAGGACUUCCAUCUUAACACACAACGCUGGACGCUGGAUGAAUCUGGUCCACAACAAGUACAUGAAAGUGACAGGUUCAGUCGGACGAUCGUGGCGAAUGUCACUUACACCCACAAGCCAAUCCCGCAGACCAGAGACCAAAUGGCGCGUAAUCGACUCCCUGCUAUACCGCAAUCCGGCAUUCCGGUAGCACGUUCCAAUCCCUUGGUUCUUCCUCCCAUCCUACCAGUUCAACUCCGUCCACCGAGAGCUGUGCUUCCUCCCAUCCGCCGAGCAAUACCCGAAAUUAUACACCAACCAACGCCACUGCCGCACCCAAGCCGCACGGCACCUUCGUUCCUUGAACCCAUCCCCAAACUUCAAACACCACCCUCCGCCGAACCCGACCAUGAGUUUAUGAUGGCCGCACUUAAACGAGCUCAAGCAAAAUGCGAUGCGACUCAGCAGAGGAAGGCCGCUGAGAGGGCGGCUAGAUUUCGUUGUAAUUGUGAUUGGUGUGGCAAGGAAUUGGUCCGAAAGGGAAUUCCUUCUCAUAAAAUCAAGCAUUGUCCCGAAAGACAUUUCCAUCUUCAAGAACAAUGA